CACACCCCCUGCACUGGAAGGCGAAGUCGUAACCACUGGACAGCCAGGGAAGUCCCGGUGCUGCCUUCUAAAGUCGAGCCCUCUCCUUGUGCACUGGUUUCCAUCCCCUCUUGCCUAAAUAAAGUACCCCCAGAGAAUUCUAGCCUGUCACCAAGGUGGAGACCACUGGUCUCAUAGAUGUGAAUCCAUUUUACAUUUUCUAGCUUCAGCUGUUCCUCCACUCUUCCACCUUCAUUUACUAUGAGGGCUUUCUCCAUACAUACUCUGUGUGUUCCCACUUCUGUGCCUGUGAACAGAUACCUAGUCAAGGGGCCAGAGGGAGGCCCAGCGGGUGAACUCUCCUGGAAGCCUCCCCACAGCCCGUCCCUCCCUCUGCUCCUGUUUGCGCUCAGGUUACUUCUGGCACUGAUCACAGUCUGCCACGUGUCGUAGGUGAUUGCUUCUUUGUUUAUUAGCUCAUGCCUUCAACAAAUACUGUAGCACCUGGCCUGGUGCUCGGCUAGACCCUAGGAUUUAUUACAAUGCAGGGACGGAACUUGCCCUCCAGUAGCUUGGAGUCUAGGAGGAGGUAGGAGGAGUAGACUUAAAGUAAGACUAUCCCGAGAUAAUUGUUCAAGCGGAGAUUUGCCCAGGUGCUGUGGGGACGUGGGAGGGGGGAUGCCUGGGGAUUUCAGGGCAAGUUUCUCAGCCGUUGCAGUAUUUGAGCUGAAAGUUGAAAGAUGAUUUGGCGUUUGCCUGAUGGUCCGCUUCAUAGGGGAUGGGGAAGGGAAGAGCUUCUGGGUAGAGAAAACAUGAAGGGCAGAAAGGUGGGAGGACCCGAAGUGUUUUCCCAGAGCAGGUAGUAACAGCGUUGCUGCAGUGCUCAGUGGGAGGGGGCGUUGUCGGGAGGUGGGCACGGGAUCAGGUCCUGAGCUGCCGCGAGCUCUGGUUUGCUGUGCCUGAGGGAUUUAAGUCUUAUCCUGUACAGGGAGGGGCGCCACUGAACAGUUUGGGCAGGGGGGUGACAUGGUAUGCUCUCCAUUUAGGGAGAUACUCCGGGUAAUGAGGGGCUGGAGUAGAGCGGGGGUGAGACCAGAGAUGGCAGGUGAGUGGGGAGGGGCUGGCACUGUGAAGGUGUGAAGCAUGACUGAGGCUGCAGGUGAGUUGCAGUGAGCUGAGGUGCGAACCACUUAGAGACCUGAGGUUGAGGAGGGGAGGGAAGUAGAGGACAGAAGGGAGAUUCAGCAUCAGGACUUUAAAACAUCUCUUCACGCUGUAAAGGACACCUGAAGAAGCUUGUAUGCUGAUGAGAAAGAUCCACCAGAAAGACCUGAAGAUACAGGAAACUGUAAAUAAAGGGGAAGAGUGAUGGAACACGCCCCCAAGGAGGCAGGAAGAGAAGGGAUUCUGACUACAAGUAGCUGGUUUAGCCUUGGAGAAAAAGGGACAGAGUUGUGAGAAGGGGUCAGGAAAACAGGGCUGCAGUCAGAUGAUUUUGUGGAGGAGCCAGAGACAGUGAGUUUAUCUCGGCAGCCUCAGCCUUCUCUGAGAGCCGCCUGAGGGUGGCUGCAUUGAGUUUGCGCUUGGCAGCUUCUUGGGUGGGAUGGAGACAGCAGGUGCUUGGGUUGCCACGUGGGGUUUGGCCAGGUGAUCAGGGUUGGGGGAGGGAACUGACCUCGCCCCUUCCCUAGGCUGUGAGUUCCAGGUGGCCGUGACGGCAUCCUGCCGUCAUCUUUCAUAUUGACUUGUGUGCUGCCUUGCGUGUAGUAGGCAUGCAAUACGGAGUUUCAUUCUGCUUCAUGAAUAUUUGCUUUUCCUAUCAGGACAGUAAUGAUGACAUUGAAGAUGUUUCACUGUUUGAUGCAGAAGAGGAGACAACUAGUAGACCAAAAAAAUCCAAAAUCAGACACCCAGUGGCAUCAUUUUUCCAUUUAUUCUUUCGAGUCAGUGCAAUUAUAGUCUAUCUUCUCUGUGAAUUGUUCAGCAGCAGCUUUAUUGCCUGUAUGGUGACAAUUAUCUUGUUGUUGUCAUGUGACUUUUGGGCAGUCAAGAAUGUCACAGGUAGACUAAUGGUUGGCCUGCGCUGGUGGAAUCAUAUUGAUGAAGAUGGAAAAAGCCAUUGGGUGUUUGAGUCCAGGAAGGCCUCUCCUCAAGACAGUAAAACUGUUUCAGAGGCUGAAUCAAGAAUCUUCUGGUUAGGACUCAUUGCCUGUCCGGUGCUGUGGGUGAUAUUUGCCUUUAGUGCCCUCUUCUCCUUCAGAGUGAAGUGGUUGGCGGUGGUUAUCAUGGGUGUGGUGCUGCAAGGGGCCAACUUGUAUGGCUACAUCAGGUGCAAAGUGGGCAGCAGGAAGAAUUUAACCAGCAUGGCUACGUCGUACCUUGGAAAGCAGUUUUUAAGACAAACCACUGGAGACGAUCAGACCUCCUGAAGAGAGUGAGGGAGUUUCCAUUGGGAACAACUGAAGGGGAUCUUGACUCUGAACCUUUAGAACUCAGUACCUAUUGCAAAGAGGAGUGUUGGGUUUGUUUUUCCAUUUUAAAGUUUACUUUAAAAAAAAAAAAGGAAAAGUAGUUUUCAUAUUAAGUUUUUACUUUCUAGGAUGUGGGGCUUGAAGGUGUGGUGUAGCUAGAAACAUUGUUAACAUUUGGUUCAUGGUGUACAUAUGUGUAUGCACAUAGUCGUGUAAGAUCCAUGUGUCUUAAAUUAACAAAAGUGUUUGUGUUCAUGCCCAUAUGGAAUGGAGACCUUUGCAUUUUGAUCCACAGAACAAGAAGGAUGUUCCUAGUCUAUCUCAAAACUCUCUGUGUUUACAUACUAUUUCUGUAGAUUAUUUUAGGUUUUGCUUCCAUGGUAAGAGUGAGCACUUUGGCUUAUAUAUAGAGUUAGAAAUAAUUGUUAAUUUUACACUUAAUAUAUACUUCAUGAUGAAACUUCUUAUCCUAGGCGUUUACAGGCAGGUAAAAACCAAAUUUGGGCUAUUGGUGUUAACUAGUUUCUAAAAUUUUGUUUAUUUUUAUUUGUAAUGAGUCACGUACUUAAGGCCCAGUUAAUAUAAAAGGAAUUUUCAUAGUUUAUGUUCAUGGGAUACGUAGGCAUUGCUGCUGUUCUAUUUAUUUUUGGGGAAAGAUAGCCAGAUUUUACUUUGGAACCUUCCAGAAGCUCUUCAGUGGUCCUUGGCCUAAUGAAAUCUAUCUUUUACCACUAAAAGAGUAUUAUUCUCAUGUCAUAGUGAGAAUAAUCAUUUCAAUACUUGGCAUUGUAAAUGCCUAAAAGACGUUUUAUUUUACGAAUCUAUUUUUUUCUUGCUAUAAUGGGGAUAUUGUAAAUCAUGUAUUUGUAUUAAUGGUAUUUCUUAAAACAAUGUAUGUAACAAUCCGCAAACUAUUGCAGGCAUCUGUAAACUCUGUUGUAGGCGCUGUAAAUUUUCUUUUAAUUGGCAGAUAGAUUAUUUUGUGAUUGUAGUUAUACAUUGUUAAAAAUUUUUUGAAGAUGUUUUGUUUAAUUGAAUGUAUCUUAUUGGUGUGAUAGCUUUGAAGGUGCAUAACUUUAUAUUUGUAUAAAACUCUACUGCUUACAAAGCACUUUGACACUCGUAAUCUCAUUUGAUCCUCACGACAAGCCUGUUAUGUGUGAUGCCGGUUUAUAGGUGACGAAACAGGACUUCAGGUUAUUGACUGACUUGCCCAAGGAGACACUGAUUACAGGAAGACCCAUCAGGACAUAUUACUGAUUUUAGAGGAAAUAUUUGUCUCUAAAUGUCCUUUCCUUUCGUACGAAUCAUUAAUUUACUAAGUCAUUAAUUUGGUAAGUGCUUGUUUCCCAUUUUAUUUAUACUUGUCUGGUGAGGAAAGUGGAUGCUGCAUAAAUGUUUUUAUUUAACCUGAAAGAUCUGGUGUCAGUCUGUAGAGCUGAGAGUCUCAUGGGGGGGUUGCUCUUGAGGUAACUAUUGUUAUUUCAGGCUGCAAUCCUAAACCAAAUAUGAAUUGAAUUUUGGAAUAUGUACGUGGCAAGACCUACUGUUUAUCCCCCAAUAUUCAUUUUUCCCUUCUAUUCAUUUCCCGCUUAUUAGCCAGGACAUGGCAACAAAGACAGUUUUUCCCAGAUUUUCUUGCUGCACCUUGGCUACGCUUCCAGGAAGUAUUCUUAGAAGGUCGGCAUGUGCGUCCCCUCCCCUUUUCACCCCUCUUAGCUGAAAUGUAGACAGAAUAGAUGGCGCUUGAACAGCUGUCAUGGACGAUGGGGUGGAAGCCUUAUUUCUGAGAACAGCAGAGAAAUAAGGUAGAGACUGAGUUCCCUCUGAUGGGGCCAGCAGCCCUGAACUGCCUGUCUGAACUUUUAAGCGAGAAACAAACUUCUGUCUUGUUUAAGUGUUAUUGCUUUGGUUUUUCUGUUACUACAGCCUAAGUGAAUUCUUAUCAAUACAGUAUAUUUUCAGCAACCCCCACAAUUGUUUCCAUUAGUAUAGUAUUUGAGAUGUAAUAGUUCAUCAAAUACAUAUUUGCUCUUUUCUGUGAGUUAAUUAAGCUAAUAUUAUAGAUUCUAACAAGUCCAGCUGUUCCAGAUGCUGUUGCUGCGUAAAAAUUCACCCCAAAACUUAGCAGUGUAAAGCAGUCAUUUUCUUAUGCUUACACAAGCUGUGGGUCAGGAAUUUGGGUGGAGCUCAGUGGGGACAGCUCCCCUCUGCUGCACAGUCUGGGGCUUGGCUGAGAGAUUUGAAGGCUGGGUUUUGCACAUUGGCCAGGAGGCAGGAAACAUCUGGGGGCAUCUUCACGGGUCUGGAGAUUGAUGGUGGCUGUCAGCUGAACCUCAGCCAGGUUGCUGGUUGGAACACCCACAUUUGUGACCUCUGGGUCGUCUCUCUGUGGAGGCUCAUCUGGGCUUCUUCACAGCCUGGCAGCUGGGGUCUAAGGCAGGCUUCCCCAGGGAGCCAGAGAAGUGUGUGACGUUUUUAUGACUAGUCUCGGGGUUCACAUAGUGUCACUUCUGCCAUACUCUGGUUGAAGCAGCCACUAAGGUCCCCCUGAGUUCACGGGGAGGGGACAAAGCAGCCAUCUUUGGAAAGUAAAAUCUGCCACACAUAAUCGUUUCAAGACGGGAAAACUGCUUGAAGAGACCGAGGGUGGCAGGUGUUGCUUUCUUUUUUAUCUUCCCUGGUCAGCCUUGAGCACAGGUAAACUGACUGAAUGGUGCAAUUAAAAUGAAAGUAACAUUGCAUUCUGGAGCCCCCAGUGUGCCUGUUGUUUGGCCCACAACUCUGAAACAUAGGCAAGGGUGUGUGUGGUUGUGUGGAGGUGAUGGCACAGUAAGUCCACCAUGGUGUCAGUACUGUGGUCCUUUAAAUUUGUAAAACUCUUCAGAGCUCAUUCAGAGUUCUUUUAUGUCUAUUACCUUAUUUGAUUUUCCCCCGUAACCUCUAGAAGGAGGAGAGAUCAUGAACAACCUCAUGUUACAGAUGAAUAGCUAAGACAGAGAAAAGUAAAAUAAUUUACUGACGAUUGCAGGUAGUAGAGACAGUGAUGCUCCCCCAGUAUUCCCUUUGUUCUCCUGUACUUCCCACCAGCUCCCUAAUUAACUGAAGCUAUGAGAUCAGUUAUGGCCUGUGUGAUGUGAGUGAAGGUGACCUGCAUCGCUUUUGGGUGAGGAAGGUGAAACUGAUGUGAGAGUCUCUAAUCUUUCUUCCCUUCUGUGGCAGCCAGUGGUGCUCGAGAUGGUGCCUCGGCCAGCUGGGUCCCUGGGUGGCUUGUAGAGCAGAAUCCCCCACCUGCUCCUGUUGGACGAAUGGCAUAGUUGUUGAAAUCCAACAAUGCUAUGGACCAGUCUUCACGGCAUCGGACAACAGGUGGUGCACAAUUGUGGUGCCUGAGAAAAGGGAUAACAAUGAAGUGAGCCUUAUAAUCGCCUGAGCUUUCUGCCUGGAGGCAAUUUGACACCAGGAUCAGGGAGGAGGAGCCCAGAGAGAGGCAGGCAGCCGCCUUGAGUUGUGAGAUCAAAGAAGAUCCAAAGAAGCCAGCCCAGGGUAAGUUAGGUGAUCUGAGAAAACCAGGUCACCUGGAAAACAGGGCAAGUCCUGGGACUGCUUAACUGGGAGCAGGAAAGGCGCCGACCUCAGAUGAGUGGUGUUCUUCAUGCUGUGUAUGGCCCUGGAAGACGGAAUCAGGACGGUUGGAUGGAAAUUAGGAAAAGAGGUUUGGGCCAAGCCCAAGGAAACACUUUCUAGGAGUCGUGGUUGAUUGGGUUGGAGCAGCUGCCGUGCCCGGCUGGGCUGAUGAAGGGACUGGGCAGCGUGCCAGGUUGUUGCCGAAGGUGGUUUUGCAGGGCGACAGGGGCUGGGCUCAGUGCUGUGCAGGGCCCAGUCCCGAGGUUGAUUAUGGUUUGGUUUUGAUAGCCUGGCUUCUGUAAGAGGCAGGCGACAACUGACUGUAUUUAAAGCCUGAUGAGAAAACUGAAAGUCCCUGAAAGCCCCACCCCAUAAAAAAACAGAGCAGUUUUCCCUACGCAUCAUUUGUAUUUAUAUCUUUAUUUGAUUUCUCACCUCCGUGUGUUUCUUCUUGAAGGCAGGGACCAUGGCACAUCUAUGUUUUCAUGUCCCCCUCCCGUCCCCUCCCCUCCCGGGAAUAAACCCCAUGGUUACCAGGUGCUUUCUCAAUACCUGAGCGUAGGGGCUUGGCCUGAGGAAGGGCUGGCAAACGUGCAUCUUGUGUGCUGCCCUUCCUCCUGUGCCCCCGGCGGACAUCGCUAGUCAAGCAUGGAGUUCUUUUCCACUGAGCCCAGCCUCAGCCGUGGUUCUAGACUGUUGCUUCUAAUUAAUUAGAAUUAGUGCUGACAGUGUUUAACUCUCUGCCAUCGUGGGGCUGAAGGAAUGCUUAGGAUUCAAAAAGCACGGUCAUAUCCUGUCCUGGUCACAGCCUAUGUUUUUCACCAACUGUCACCUGCUUUCCAGUAUGUGGGCACAGCCGGCAUGCUGGUGGUCUGGCUGAGAGCCAGGGGGACAUCUUGGGGGCACUGAAUGCUAGGAAUGCCUUGGGGCUGAUGGAAUGCAAAGGCUUUGGCACUUGGAUGGGAUAUUGAUAUAGCAUCCAGGGUUGCAACCACGUAGGGUAGGAGUUGGGACUUGAUCACAUCUCUGAACGCCUUAGUUUUGGGGUGGAGCCUGAGGCGAUGUUGGCCCCCGCUCCAGACUGUGAGCACUGAUGGUUGCAGCCUAAUUGCACUGCAGUAGAAAGAGGGCAGGUGCGAGCCUCAGCUCUGAGCUCACGUCCCCUCUCUGCCGCCUACCAGGUGAGCAGCCUGGCUUCCACCUCUUUGAGGAGGAGGUGACAACAUCGCCUGAUAGUUGUUUGGAGAUUUAACGAGAGAAACUAGGCAAUGCGUCAGGCACACAGUGGAUAUUAAAAAAAAAAAAAAUGACCAGCACGAACAUACUGUUCACUGUGUGCCAUUUGCUGCUCUGUGGGGUAUAAUGAGCGCAUAGAUUAAUUCAGUCAAUGCUCAGAAUAACGCUGCGAGGUUCUGUUAAGUAUCACCCUAACUUGAUAAGAUGAGGGAACUGAGGCUCAGAGCAGUUGGUUCUACCCAGGGUCACACAGCUGGUACUUGGUAGAAACAGCGUUCUGACCCAGAGCCUGUGCCCUUAGCUGACACUCCCUGUGUUGCCAGCGUGACCACCAACACGCAUAUGUUGGCCACCAGCUCCAUGCGAGAUGCUGUGUUCGGUACUGGGUGGACAAAUAUUAAUAAGAUACAUUUGGGAAUGAGUGAACGGGGACAUGAAAUCGAGUAGGACACAGUUUGGGGGCCACGGAAAGCUUGUAAUCAGUGUGGGGUGAUGGGAUAGGGCAGGAAAGGAGGGUCCCACGGAAAUGACCAGCACUCAGUAACCUUCCAGAAAUCUCUGCAGGUAGAUUAUUAGAUAGGCACUCUAGUUUACGGAGCCGCCUGUUCUGAGUUUGCCGGGUGUGAACUGACUCACCGGGGCUUGGUCAGCACUUGGCGAUCGGACCCUGCCGCAUUUCUGAACCUGCACCCCUAGGGUGAGAUGCUGCGCGCCAACCUCGCCAGGCGGCCCGAGGUGGGCAGGCACGCAGGCUCGUCUAGUCCAAGCUUUAUGCCCAGACUGGUGUCCUUACAAGAAGAGGAGAUUAGGACGCAGACACACGCAGAGGGACGACCAGGUGAGGACACAGGCAGAAGGCGGCAUCUAAGCGCCCAGGAGUGAGGCCUCGGGAGAAACCAGCCCUGCUGGCACCUUGAUCUCAGAGUCCUCCAGACUGUGAGGAAGUCAGUGUCUUGUCUGAGCUGCCCGGCCUGUGGUGCUUUGUUACGGGGGCCUGAGCCCACUCCGACACUAACCAUUUUCCAUCUCACCUCUCACACCAGCUUCCAGACCCCUGGGGUUCCCUCCACAAGCACCGCCAGGCUUUCUUCUCUGUUCCUGCUGUCGCCUCCGCUCUGGCGCCCUGCUGUGGCGGCCCCAAGCCUCACUGUGUCUGGAACCUGCAAUCUGCCCUGGAGACGAGAGACUCCAGAGCAAGGGAGAUACUGAUGAAAGAUGGGAUUUAGGAUAAUUACAGCCUCAACCCCUUGGUGUGCUGUUCAGAGGCCUGUCUUCUGUUACCUGGCCUUUCUGGAUUCUGGUUCUCCACAAGCAAAAAGGAUUAAAAAAAAUACUCCAUGAUUUCUCUCCUCUGAACCCAAGUGACUCUGGUAACAUUUCGUCAUAAAAGUCACAUCCAGCGUAGUAGCCGGUGUCUCGCUGCUCAGGCCCAGCCCCCCAGGGAAGCCUCCCGAGUGGAGAAACGCUGCUGCUCUGGGUGGCAAGUCCUCCACGGAGCCUGGCGCUGUGCCCCAUUCACCCAGGUGCUGGUUCUGGGUCAGGCGCCCCCAGGAGGGAUACCGAGAUGACGAUUCUCCUGCAAGCCUUGUGCUCCUGGUGUCCGCACAGCAGUGGGAGGAGCAGGCUGGAGAGGGUGUGGUUUUAGGCUGAGUCCCGGAGGGGUAGCUUCAGCCUGUUUCUGAAGGGGAACCCUGGAGUGUCAGCUAGGCCUUUGAAAGUUUUGAGUGCGUCUCUGGGAGCAAAGAGCAAGGGAGCUGGGCUCUCUGGGCUCCUACCCAUCAAUCGCUGGCCACGGGCCACACCCAGCGGGGAUUGGAGGCUCCCCGCCAUUUCUGGCUGGUUCUGGAAGAGCCGCUCCAGUAGCCCAAGGGCAGCUGUCCAAAAAAGACUUGCAUCUGUGGGCUGUUGGAAGGAAAAAGCCCCCCGAAGACAGGGAAAGGAUGCCCCCCCACAGUGAAGGGGUCCCUGGGGCUGUGGGCAAAGCUCCCAACUGGGAGUUCCGUAAGGCCAAGGUCUGUGUUUUGACGUCUGCAUCCCUUGCAACCAGCACGUCUGACACAUAACAGGUGGUCAGUAGGUGGACGUGCUGUGGACUGAAUUGUGUCUCUCCUGAGAUUCAUGUGUGAAAGCCCUGACCCCCAGUGGGAAAGUAUUCGGAGACGGGGCUUUGUGGAGAUGAUUAGGUUUUAUAUGAGGUUAUGAGGGUAGGGCCCCCACCAUGGGAUUUGUGCCCUUAUAAAGAAGAGGCACCAGAGCUCGCUCGCUCGCUCGCUCUCUGUGAGGACACAGCAAGUAGGUGACCACCUGCAAGCCAGGAAGAGGGCCCUCACUGGAAACUGACCAUACUGGCACCAUCAUCUUGGACUUCCAGUCUCUAGAACUGUGAGAAAAUACAUUUCUGUUGAUUGAGCCGCCUCAUCUAUGGGGUUUUGUUCCGGCAGCCCGAGCUAAGACCAGAUGGAUGAAGAGCCUGCUCCAACCUGAGGGGAGAUUAUUUUAGUUUUAAAGGGUGUGUUUGCUGCCAGAUCGAUGGUCCACGUUCACCUUUGGAGUCUGAAUCCAUAGGCCCAAGGGAAGGCCCUGGGCGAGCCCCCCGAAUGGGAAGGAACGUCUUCUUGGCAGCUUCUCGAUGCCGCGGUUUCUGGCGAGUGACGGCCGCUGGGUCUCUCUGCCUCUCUCACUGUCGGCCCCUGGAUUCAGAGCCCAUCUGAGAACAUCAGAGAAGCCACUUUCUCCUUUCAGCUCCUUCUGUUUUGUGCUGGGAUCCAGGCAGUGGUUUACCACGUUCAGUUUUCAGUAUCAUGAACUUUUGCCUUCCCUAUGUCCCCAAAUGUAUUUUAGUGUGAAUUAGGAAAAGGUUGCCUGGAGGGUGGUGAGACCCAGGUGUCCAUUUUACCUGUUUCAGACCGUUUACGGAUAUCUUGCUCACGUCUUGCUAGGAGCAGGCAGGCAAUUCCAAGAACUAAGCAUUCAGCAGAUGCCAACUCCUGGCUGAAAAGAACCCUUUGUCCUGCAAGUUGAUGCCGGGAACGGGAACCCUCAAACUGUCAGUCAGAAGGGAAAGAAAGCAUUUUAUCUUUUUUGCUUUGAAAAUGUACAUUGAGAGAUUUAAGGUUAUAAAUCGUGGUCCUCUGGGUAGAACCUUGGCUCUUUGGAUAGAAUCUUAGGACUGGAUGGCCUUAUGGGCCCUGACGUUCAGUUCCCCUCUGAGGCUCGAACACCCUCUGUAUUUCUUAUUCUUUCCAGUAGUGAAAAAUCUAAAUAAAGAAAAUGCAUAAUUGUU